AUAUUAAUGAAAUUCAUAACAUUAGCCCUAGUCUGUGUGAUGCUAAUAUCCUGCAGCCAUGCCAGGCUCAGCAUGUUCGAACUCGGCAGAACCAGCAAAGAUGUAGAGGAGUACACCAAAAUCGUAAGAUCAGGACUUCAAAGCUUCAUGGAAGAAUUUUAUUCACCAGAAGACCACUCCCUUACAGCUGAAUGCCUUGGAGAAGAGUUUCAGGCUUUGAUGGUGAAGAUUGUAGAUGGCAUCAAGAACUCUGAUAACCUGCUCACAUUAAUUAUUACUCAAGGAAAUAAUAUCAUGCAGGUCGGAAGAAUGACCCGAGAUAGCUGCCAAGUGUCAGAAUUUAUGUCAGAUCUGGAAAGCAAAUGCCACCGUGGCAAGUGCAAGAUAAUCAAAAUUGUGGAGAGACUCGAGGAGCACAAAAUGAGCCUCUUCUCCUACGGUAUGGAGAUUUAUCAGAUUUUGAACUCAGAAUAUGCUACUCUUGAGGAACAGGUUGCAGAUGCAGGGAUAAUCGGGAAAGAUUUGUCAAAAAUUACCAGAAUUGCUUUGGCCAUGGAUUAAAAUGACAUAUUUUUAGUAUUUCAAACUUUUCAAC